CGCCGUCGCCACGGCAACGCGGCCAUACUGCGCCGGACAGACCCAGCUGGCUGGUGCUGCGGCCCGGCGUGGGCCUCGUGGGCAGAGCCAGAGCCAGAGCAAUGGACAGCCUCUUCGUGGAGGAGGUGGCCGCCUCCUUGGUCAGGGAGUUCCUCAGCAGAAAGGGCUUAAAGAAGACAUGUGUGACCAUGGACCAGGAACGCCCACGCUCUGACCUCAGCAUAAACAACAGAAAUGAUCUUCGAAAGGUUUUGCAUCUUGAAUUUCUCUAUAAGGAGAACAAGGCAAAGGAAAAUCCUCUAAAAACAAGCCUUGAACUCAUCACCAGAUACUUUCUGGAUCACUUUGGAAAUACGGCUAACAAUUUCACUCAAGAUACCCCAAUCCCUGCACUCUCAGUUCCAAAGAAAAAUAACAAAGUGCCAUCGAGAUGCUCAGAGACUACACUGAUAAAUAUAUAUGACCUUUCAGAUGAAGAUGCAGGAUGGAGAACAUCAUUGUCAGAAACAAGCAAAGCCAGACAUGACAAUCUUGAUGGAGAUGUACUUGGUAAUUUUGUAUCAUCUAAAAGGCCCCCGCACAAAAGUAAGCCCAUGCAGACAGUCCCGGGUGAAACUCCUGUGUUGACUUCUGCAUGGGAGAAGAUGGACAAGCUUCACUCGGAGCCUUCCUUGGAUGUGAAGAGGAUGGGAGAGAAUUCCAGGCCAAAGUCUGGUCUGAUUGUGCGAGGCAUGAUGUGUGGGCCCAUCGCCAGCUCCCCACAGGAUUCUUUUCACAGACACUCUCUGAGACGGUCCUCACCGUCAAGCAGCUCCACCCAACCCCAAGAAGAGAGCCGGAAGGUCCCUGAGCUCUUUGUCUGCACCCAACAGGACAUUCUGGCUUCGAGCAACAGCUCCCCCUCCAGGAACUCCCUGGGUCAGCUUAGUGAACUGACCGUAGAAAGGCAGAAAACCACUGCCAGCAGCCCUCCCCAUCUGCCCAGCAAACGGCUGCCCCCACGGGACAGGGCCAGGCCGAGGGAUCCCUCCGAGGACACCCCAGCAGUGGACAGCAGCACAGACAUGGACAGGAUGCCCUUGAAGCUCUACUUGCCUGGUGGUAAUUCCAGGAUGACCCAGGAGAGGCUGGAAAGAGCGUUCAAACGGCAGGGCAGCCAGCCCGUACCUGUCAGGAAAAAUCAGUUGCUGCCGUCUGACAAGGUGGAUGGUGAGCUGGGUGCCCUGCGGCUCGAGGAUGUGGAGGAUGAGUUGAUAAGGGAAGAGGUCAUCCUGUCGCCAGUCCCAUCAGUGCUCAAGUUGCAGACAGCAUCAAAACCAAUUGACCUCUCAGUAGCAAAGGAAAUAAAGACCCUUCUGUUUGGUUCCAGCUUUUGCUGUUUCAAUGAAGAAUGGAAACUUCAGAGUUUUUCCUUUAGUAACACAGCCUCAUUAAAAUACGGCAUAGUGCAGAACAAGGGUGGUCCUUGCGGAGUCCUGGCAGCUGUCCAAGGCUGUGUCCUACAGAAACUCCUGUUUGAAGGAGAUAGCAAAGCCGACUGUGCUCGGGGACUGCAGCCUUCAGAUGCCCACCGGACCCGCUGCCUCGUCCUGGCCCUCGCAGACAUUGUGUGGCGGGCAGGGGGCCGAGAGAGAGCCGUUGUUGCACUGGCUUCGAGAACACAGCAGUUCAGUCCAACAGGGAAAUACAAAGCAGAUGGAGUCUUAGAAACACUUACGCUUCACAGUUUGACCUGCUAUGAGGACCUGGUGACUUUUCUUCAACAAAGCAUUCAUCAGUUUGAAGUGGGCCCCUAUGGCUGCAUCCUGCUCACCCUUUCUGCCAUCCUGUCCAGGUCUACAGAGCUCAUCCGCCAGGACUUUGAUGUCCCCACCAGCCACCUGAUUGGAGCACAUGGCUACUGUACACAGGAACUUGUCAAUCUGCUCCUGACUGGGAAAGCUGUGUCCAACGUUUUCAACGAUGUGGUUGAGCUGGAUUCUGGGGAUGGGAACAUCACACUUCUCAGAGGCAUUGCUGCACGCAGUGAUAUUGGCUUCUUAUCUCUCUUUGAGCAUUACAACGUGUGCCAGGUUGGCUGCUUCCUGAAGACCCCGAGGUUCCCCAUCUGGGUGGUUUGCAGUGAGAGCCACUUCAGCAUCCUCUUUAGCCUGCAGCCGGGGCUCCUGCGUGACUGGAGGACUGAGAGGCUCUUUGACUUGUACUACUACGAUGGCCUGGCCAACCAGCAGGAGCAGAUCCGGCUGACCAUUGGUGCGGGCCCUCACCCCCCCACCCACCCAACCCUGUCACCAAGGAGCCUCCAGGCUGGUCACAGAAACCAGCCUUCCUAUCCACCACCAACCCCCAUGACAGAGAGCAGUGCAGACUCCAGCAUCCAGACUGGGGGAUCAGAGAGCCAAUGCCAGCAGGGCCUCCCUGCAGGAGGUGGCCAGAGCUGGGCCUUGAGCAACACCACCGAAACCAUCUCUGAGGACACAGACAAUGACCUUGUCCCACCCCUGGAGCUCUGCAUCAGAACCAAGUGGAAGGGGGCAUCAGUGAACUGGAACGGCUCAGACCCCAUCCUGUGACCGUUGGAUGUGGGUAAACCCUGUGGUCCACCACUCAUCACCUCAUCACCCGGGAUGACAGCUGAACCCCAAGCCUCUGGGUCAAGUCUCAUGCACCCCAACCUGGGUCAGCAUGGCUGCAGAAGCAUCCAGAGCCUCCCUGCCCCUUCCAUGAAGGGCCCACCCAAGACUGUGCUGGGGACCCAGUGUGUUGCUGGGUCCCCUCCCAGCUGAGCUGUGACUGCUGAGUACUGGAAGGAGGUUGCCAGGGUCUCUGCUACCUUUGUCUGCAUCCCUCCCUUGCUCCCUGCUGGGUGGUCCCUCACCCAGGCCUCCAAUGUGGUUGGCCCUGGGGACUCAUUACUUCUGGUAGCUGGCUUCCUAUAAAAUGAGUCAAACCCA